AUGGUGCACCAACUCUCACUAGUCUCGUCAAUCCCACACUCAAACUACCUCCAAACAAUAGCCACACUACAAGCCAUAACAGGGAUAUUCCACCCGCAGCAGAUAUCCACAUACACCCUAAUCACUAAACCGAACCAUGUCUUCAAGCCCAAGUUCGAGCCCGGAAAGAUCAACCAGAUUGAGCAGUAUUACAUGAAGUGCAUCACGACGUGGCUGAACCGCGACUUGGAUAUCCUGCAGCCGAUAUUGAAUAAUCGCGUGAAUGGCGUGGACGAUAUCGUCGCGCGGAAAUUAUUCACCGAUGAAGAAGAUGACGGAGAUGGAGAUGAGGUUGGGGGAGGGAAGAAUCAAUUUGGUAAGGAGAAAGUUUGGACUUUGCAGAUUAGCGAUAUCCCCAUCGCGGGCAAGAACCAGACUUGUUCCCAGCAGACGAUAUACGAGAGCACGCUAGUGCAUACCCAUGUUGCCGCGGUGGACAAGCUGGACAUGCUGGAUGCAAUGGAGGUGGACAUCAAGCAGGAAAUGGAGAGUAAGCCCGACGCCGCGCAAGUGGACCCAUCCUCAUCUUCAUCCGCCGCCAGUAAUAGCAUCGUUAAGAAUCGCAGGAAUGGUUCCUUCCUCUUGUUUUUGAAUGAUUUGGGGUAUGCCGUGAUUAAUCAAUAUUGGAUCAAAGGCGUGCGGUUCUUUUACGGCGACGUCAUUAUUGAGCUCUUUAAGAUUUUCAUUCGUGAUGAUUCUCAGGGGGAUGACGAAGUGGGCAAUGGCAUCAAGCUCAAGUUGCUUGAUGAACUGAACACUUUCCAGAUUAAGUGCUAUAUUAACGUGGCGAAACUGACGGAUAUCGAAGUUAUCAAUCUGGGGAUUAAGGAGUUGGGACACUUGCAGGAUUUCUUGAAGGGGUUGUUCUUGUUGGAGAUUAGUGAUCGUAUGUUUUUGGAUUCAAGAGUCACCAGCAGUGUCAAAUGA